AUGACGGGGCUUCCGAGGGACGUCACAAGAUGGCUGCAGAGUCUCGAGUUGACUGUACAGUCAUUGAACGUCCGCAGAGACUUUUCCACUGGCUACCAUGUGGCCGAGAUGUUUUGUCGUUAUUAUCCCAGGGAUUUUCAAAUGCACGCCUACAGCAGGGGAGCGUCCUUCUCUGCCAAACAGGACAACUGGAACAAGAUACUUCGGACAGUGCAGAAGUUGCAUCUGCAAUUGACAGAGAAGCUGGUCUACGGAACCAUCCACUGUAAACCAGGAGCGGCCGAGAUGCUGGUGCAGCAGGUGUAUACUAUCCUGACCAAGCACAGGCCUCGAACAGCUCAAAACCCAGAAUUGGACUUCUCUGAUCAGAAGUACCAGCAGCUCCUCCCCCCUGCUGCUCGCUCCACAGCCAGCACGGCUGUGAAGAGCAACCUGAGGAAGACUGAGGUCAUGGCUGUGUCAGACCUCAUCGCCAACGGGAGGAGAGCUGAGGCCAUUAUCUGCAAGCACCUGCAGGACAAGGAAUUGACUGACCGAGUGUUGUGCCUCCAGCCACCACUGAGUGUUGCUAAUCUCUCGUAUAAGACCAUCAAAGUGAACCAGCCUGCCAGAAGACUCCCGCCAAGCUGUUAA